ACAAGCGCAUUCACUCCAGUCUGCGAACACCUUCACAUCUCCAAGCGGCUCCUCAAUUCAGCUUGGUGAGCAUUUACGCAGUCUUUGACAUGGCUCUUCAAAGUACUAUUCUACACAUGGCCCGCAAGAAUCUGCUGCAGGAGUCCUGCAGGCAGCUUCUUAUCCAGACCCACGGGCUCCACAAGUCGGUGGCGAGCGGCUCUCUAGAGAUCGCGGCGCACAGCCAGGCGGACCUGAAGGAGGAGAGCGCGGUGAGUCCGGCGGAGGAGGUACAGAAGGCGGCGAGAGUCAAGAGCCUCAAGGAGAUGCCCGGACCCAGCACUGUCGCCAACCUCCUGGAGUUCUUCUACCGGGAUGGAUUCAGCCGCAUCCACGAGAUCCAGAUGGAGCACGCUAAGAAGUAUGGGAAGAUCUUCAAGUCUCGAUUUGGACCUCAGUUUGUCGUGUCCAUCGCUGACAGAGACAUGGUGGCGCAGGUUCUCAGAAGUGAAAGCGCAACUCCUCAGAGAGGCAACAUGGAGUCUUGGAAGGAGUACAGAGAUUUGAGGGGAAGGUCCACGGGACUCAUCUCAGCCGAGGGUGAUGAGUGGCUGAAAAUGCGCAGUGUUCUGCGUCAGCUGAUUAUGCGUCCCCGAGACGUGGCAGUUUUCUCUUCCGACGUUAACGACGUGGUGGCCGACCUGGUGAAGAGAGUGAAGACACUGCGAAGCCAGCAGGAUGACAGCCAGACUGUCCUCAACAUUAAUGAUCUGUUCUUCAAAUAUGCCAUGGAAGGUGUUGCAACUAUUUUAUACGAGACUCGCCUGGGCUGCUUGGAAAAUGAAAUUCCCAAGAUGAGUCAGGAGUACAUUACUGCAUUACACCUCAUGUUCAGCUCCUUUAAGACCACCAUGUACGCUGGUGCCAUUCCCAAAUGGCUGCGUCCCAUCAUUCCCAAACCCUGGGAGGAAUUCUGCAGCUCAUGGGACGGCCUCUUUAAAUUCAGUCAAAUCCACGUGGACAAGAGGCUUUCCGAGAUCAAAAAGCAGAUGGAGAAGAGCGAAGAGAUUAAAGGAGGGUUGCUGACUCACAUGCUGGUCACCAGAGAGAUGAAUCUAGAGGAGAUCUACGCAAACAUGACAGAAAUGCUCUUGGCUGGGGUGGACACGACCUCUUUUACGCUGUCGUGGAGCACAUACCUUCUGGCGAGGCAUCCCACAAUACAGCAGCAGAUCUUUGAGGAAGUGGACCGAGUGCUGGGUGGUCGAGUCCCAACUGGAGAAGAUGUUCCUUAUCUGCCGCUUAUUAGAGGGCUUGUUAAAGAGACACUCAGGCUUUUCCCUGUUCUCCCUGGAAAUGGACGUGUUACACAUGAUGAUCUGAUCGUUGGAGGUUAUCUUAUUCCUAAAGGGACUCAGCUGGCUCUGUGUCAUUACUCCACCUCUAUGGAUGAGGAGAACUUCCCCCGCCCUGAAGAGUUCCGUCCUGAUCGCUGGAUCCGCAAGGAUGCUUCCGACCGCGUUGACAACUUCGGCUCUAUCCCAUUCGGCUAUGGAAUCCGCAGCUGCAUCGGAAGGAGAAUAGCCGAGCUUGAGAUGCAUCUGGCUCUCACACAGCUCCUGCAGAACUUCCACAUUGAAGUUUCUCCUCAGACCACAGAGGUUCACGCCAAGACCCAUGGCCUGCUCUGUCCAGGAGCGUCCAUCAACCUUAGAUUUACAGACCGAAAAUAAUAUGCUGGAUUAAUCUGUGUUAAGCGCAAAAAAGGUCCAAAGACUCUUAAGAGUCAUUGUGUAUAUCGUCUUCCAGCGUUUAUUCAGUGAACAAUAUUGCUUUUAUUUUUAUGUCAUGUGCCUCUAAGACAGAUCCUAGAUUUUUCUUUUUGUUUGACUGUUGAUCACCAAUCAGAAGACCAAAUAUUUUUCAAAUGUUUAGCGUAGGCACUAUUUAUAUAAGCGAAUCUGUCAGAAAUGUGAUAUUUUGUUCAAAUUUAUUUAUACCAAACUAUCAGUGUCAUUUUCUCUUUUUUUGCAGCUUUUCAUUUCAAUCAGCCUUAAAAAUGAGUGUGAUAUAUGGUCAAAGAGACCUUGUAUAUAGAUAUUUUACUGUUAAAUUAGCUUCACUUCUAAGCUCAUUAUUUAUUUAACAUUGUACGCUUAUAUACAGUUAAGACUUUUAGCUUACAAGCAGUAAAUUCCUAAAGCAAACAUGAGUGAGUUAAUCCUAUUACGACUACAAAGCUACUUUAGAAGAUCAUGCUAAUAUCCUGUCCUGUGGACACUAAUAUUAAAGUAAAUAGUUUGAAAAGAAAACACGUCUAAUCAAAACAAUAUCAAUCUUGAUUUCAGUGUGGAUGUAGUUAUUAAACAGUGAUGAUUUUUGUUCUUUUUCCAUUUAAACUCUUUAGUGUAAAACCUUUAAAGCGAAAUGUAAAAUCGUGCCUCUUUUUAGUGCACUAGCCUUAUAGGCAAAAUGUGUAUAAGGGUAAAUGAUCACAAUAUACUCCUUUUGGACAAAAUUAGCUUUGUUUUUGAGGGCUGUGAAGUCACUCAAUGCACUGGGUGACAUUUUGAAACUGUUAAAUAUGUGACAAAUGUGUAAGUUGAUGAAUUUUGUAAAAAAUAAAUUACUUCAUACACUA